CAUUGUCAUUUUAUGUAUAUUAAUUUACAGCCGCUAACACAUAGUCUGCGUGAAGGUUGAUCUUGUAAGAGGUCUUUGUUUAACCGAUGUAUUAGAUACUUAAUGUCGUACUCCGAGCUACUAGGCCUUGUGAACCUUGAGGUUUUGUUGCUGCCAAACACACAUACGGGCCUAUCACUGGCAAUCAAGCGAAAGCAAUAUAUUUAUUUUUCAUUUUCAUUUAAAAAAAUAUAGGCUAAUAUUUUUUUAAAUAUGUAUUACCGUAUUGACCCGAAUAUAAGACGAUUUUUUUUUCUUGGAAAUACAUCUGAAAAAACGCGGUCGUCUUAUAUUCAGGGUCUAGAGACUUUGACAUAUCAAUAAUACACCCACAACAAUAGGUGGCGCCAAACACGCUUAAAACAAGUGUGCCAUGAACUAUGUAAUGUAAUGUGUGUCGCGAGUGAAAACAAAAGAAAAAGAAAAGCUUACAGCGGCACGAUGGGACCAAACUUCAUCUUUUUUUGUAGGAACUGCAGUCUUAUAGAGGAGCGUCCAAAGAUCUCUGCAAUCUCAUAUUGUUGUGUAAGUGCCAAAAUGCCGGUGGAAUUCAGUGGAUGGGAGGCAUACUGUGAUAAAUCAAAGCACCUUAAACCAGGUCAAGAGCCCAAAAAGAGCCAUGGCUAUAUCAUGUACCAUGGGACACUCAAAACCAAUGCCCCAGCUAUCAUAUCAUCAGGGUUUCGGCCCUCUGCUGGGGGAACUCUGGGUCCUGGUGUCUACUGUAGUAGGAACAUUGACAAAGCAAUGCGUUACCCACCAUGUGCUGCUAAUGAUAGAGUUGUGUUAAAGCUGCGAGUGAGAGUGGGUAAAGUGAAGAAGAUUGAAGGGCAAAGCAUGAACCUGAUGAGCUCAUGGCAUCAGAAUGGAUAUGAUACAGCCUGGUUACCUGCCUCUGCCUCUGGUGCGGGACUUGAGGAAGAUUGUGUUUGGGACCCAAAGAGACUUACUGUGGUUGGAAUAGCCCAUUGCACAGACUCCAGUACUAAGAGUUCUCUGGAGAGUCUCAUAAAGCAGACAAGCCAAUCGCAGGACACGAAUGGGAAAGAUCUGAAGCUGUGUAAAGGGUGUGGAAUGCAAACAGAGCAUAAACACACAAUGGAGAAAUGCUGGUCCUGUAAGGCAUCCAUAUGCCCCUUCAUGAAAAAUCAUGUUUGCCGAAAGAAAGGGAAGUAACUAUCCAUGAGUUCUUGAGAACUAGUUAAUUGAUACAAAUUUUUUUAUUAAAUAUAAUCUGUGAAGUGGUGUUGAGAUGUGGUAAAAGCACUGUAAUUAACAAAUGUAACGAAAUUCUGCUAAUCAGAUUACUAAAAGUAAAGACAUUACAGUGCAUGCAAAGUUUGUUUUAAUUUGUUGGGAUUAAUACUGUUAAAUUCGUUUAAUUCUGAUUUUAUGGUGGUAUAUUAUAAAUUGGAAUUUAUCACUUUAAUGUAAUUAUUUCUGUGAUAUAUUGUAGUAAUAUUUUGAGCCAUUAACUACUAACAUAUAACAAUUAAUUCAUUAAAAUAUUUAUUUUUUGUCUUUAGUUCUGCUGUUGCUAUUGUAACAAUUUAAUGUUGAAUUCUUUCAUUGCAACAAUUGUUAUGUGAAACUACAUGUGAAAUUUAGCAAUUAAACAUGAAAAUGUAGCCUUUUUACUGUCAUAAUUCCUCCUGAAGACAUUUUACAGAUAUUUGUACAUUUAUAAUUUGUAAAACAUUUCACAUUAAUGUGUAUAGAAUUUUUUUAUUUAUUUUAUUUUUUAUUUAAAAUGUAAUAAUCUGGCACAUUGAUUCCUGCUGUAAGCCAAUACUUGCUGUAAACAAACUCAACGCUUUCUGAGAGUCUGAAAAAUGAGUGUGUAGAGCUAUUUUUCCAUGAAAAACCUGGGGAAAAAAGUAAGCAUAUCUGGACUGAAAUAUUAAAAUUAGUGCAAAGUAAAACAAACAAACAAAAAAACACAUACACACAGAAAUACCCAUCGAAAUGGUUUCCUAUAUUUCUCUUCUUGCUUGCCAUUCUGUGAAGUUUCCUACCCAGCAAGAUUUGUUUAUAUAUAUUGUCAAUAUAUAUACUAUAUAUAUAUAUAUAUAUAUAUAUAUAUGUUGUCACGUGUGUUCCCGUUGUGUUCCUGUCUGACCUUAUUUGGUAGUUCUUGUUCUUAUUAGUAAAUUAUCGUUCAGUCUGAUCACCUGUUUUGUAUUAAUCAUCUCGUUUGCUCCUUUGUUUCCCGGUCUUUAUAAGCCUU